AUGCUAACGAAGGUCUCAGGAGAUGCAUCAAAUGCAAUUUGCCAAAGAUUUCCUUUGAAGAUUGAGGCAACGCGCAAUUCGGUCUAUCCUCUUGAGCUGUUGCAUGCCAAGUUGGAGGAGUUUAUCUGGAUCAAAGCAGCAAUGGCUGCUAUCGAUGUGACAAACCACGUGCUGCUGCUGGAGAUCUGCAGCAAAACUCGGUAUGAGAACGUGUACAAGUAG